UUCAAGCAAGCGUUUGACUCACCGCUUGAUCACAGUCCGUUGAUCUUCGAAUUUCCGUAGCCUGGAAGUUUGAAUCACGCUACGCUUGCUAGUCUGGUUCGGUGGAUGAGCGAUUAGGCUUCAGAUUUCUUCGUCUCCAACUCCAAAUCCGUGUCCCCAACCAAGGAAAAUGGCGGAAGACAAGGAAUCCACGUCCGUUCCGCUGAGCCAGAGCGUUGAUAGCGAUAUAGAAGAUCCCGAAGAUCCCGUCAAGUCUCCUCCCAGUUCUCCCAAUUCUUCCACCCGUAAGGCUUGCUGCUUUGUCCUCCAAAGUUGGGUUUCAAAGAAGUUCAUGACGGGAUGUGUUGUUCUGUUCCCUGUUGCAGUUACUUUUUUUGUGACAUGGUGGUUUAUUCAGUUUGUUGAUGGUUUCUUCAGUCCUCUAUAUGCUCAGCUGGGCAUUGACAUAUUUGGACUUGGAUUUGUCACAUCUUUAGUUUUUGUCUUCUUUGUUGGUGUUUUCGUUUCAUCAUGGAUGGGUGCCACUGUUUUCUGGAUUGGAGAAUGGAUUAUAAAAAGAAUGCCCCUUGUUAGGCAUAUAUACUCUGCCUCCAAGCAAAUUAGUGCUGCAAUUUCCCCAGACCAAAAUACAACUGCAUUCAAGGAGGUGGCUAUCAUUCGUCACCCACGUAUUGGUGAAUAUGCAUUUGGAUUUAUCACAUCAUCUCUCAUCCUUCAGAAAGAUGACGGGGAUGAAGAGCUAUGCAGUGUAUUUGUCCCAACAAACCACUUAUAUAUUGGUGAUAUACUCCUGGUCAACUCCAAGGAUAUCAUAAGACCAAAUCUGUCCAUUCGCGAAGGCAUAGAGAUCAUUGUAUCUGGGGGAAUGACAAUGCCACAAAGGAUAUCUCCUGUGGAGAGGAGAGUUGGUCGACAGGGUGAAAGAAUUCCUCUUGAUAGAAUUAUUUGACAGUGUAUACAAGCAAGGCAUAUGUUAAAUGUGUGUGUAACGACUCAUCAGCCUCGGCUACUACCCUACACUACCAUCUUUCUUGUAUUUGAGUGGUUUUUUCCCA